AUGGCUCUCUAAAAUGAUACUGAAAUGCUUGGAAGUUUAAUUUAUUUGAGAGUAGAUGAUUAAAGUGUAGUUGGAUACAAGCAUGAAAUUUCAGAUCAAAAUACCAAUUUACUAGCGAUAAGUUAGAAAGGUUCAAAUAAAUUCUUGUUAGUAAUAAUAUUAUAUAGAAGAAUAGUUGAUGCAAGUAAAAGUUAUAUUGCUACUUUGAACUUCUAAACUGGAGAACUCGUACUAAUUGAAUAUAAGUAAAUGUCUUAAAAAAUUGCUUUAGCUGCUAUAAUAUCUGAUAAAUCAGACGAACCUUAUAUCUUUCUACUUGGUUAUACGUGA